GCCCUGUUGAAUGUCAAAUUCAAGCCUUCAACGAUAUUUUAGAGGCACCCUAGUUGUGUAUUGACUACGUGCCGUUCCGUGGCACCUGUGUUGCCAGAUCAGGUUUGGUUUGCUAGUACAACUGGCUAGCGGCAGUUUCCUACUGGGUUACUUAUGCCACAACUAACCAUGCUCCUCCCACUUGUUGGAGAAACCGAUGACUCUAUUCCUCGUCCGCAGACUCACGACGUGCUCACGUCUGGUGGGACGUUCCUGCUGAAGACAAAUUCCUCUCAGGAAAACGUCGGGACUGAAGACAAGGAUGCACCUGCAGAUGCUUUCUUUGAGAUGGAAUCUGGACGGAGUACUCUAGAUACUAUUGAGCCAAUUGAGGAUGACAAGAAUACCGAAUUUUUCACAGGUGACCAGCCUCUUUUGCUUAAGCGAACCCCCACUAUCUUUUCGACCUUCUCCUAUGGCUCGGUUCUGUCCGCCCGAAGCACCAGAGAGAUAUUUUCGCUGAAGGAUCUUUGCGAGAAAGUCAUUGAAAAGCAUUUAUGGCUCCAAAUGGCCAGGAUCGUCAGCACAUCCUGCUAUUCUCAAGAAAAAGGACAUAUGGCUACGAAUUGAUCGGAGGGCCGGAGUAAGCUUUCUAUCACUCGCCCGGAAACUCGGCAGAACUGCUGCUAAGGAUAUAGCCCAGCUCUCAGCGUCUAAGGAAGCCCUUAUUGGGACGGCACGCCAAGAAAACAUCCAAGAAUUUGAUAGACCCCCCUUUCUCGCUGAUUUUAGCGAUUAUCUUCGCGUCAUCUGUGAA